CUUUCAGUACUCAUCAUGUUGGUGAUGAACAUUAUUACAUGAUGUAAUGAUGAUGUCAUGAUUACAUCAUCACAUGAUGAUGUUGAUCAAAGAACAUGACAUCUAUGUGACAUCAGUUUUAUUGCCUGCAGAACCUUCAUAUAACCUCACUGAACAUCCAAAAUCCAUUUUUCAGUGACUUCAAGCUACGUCUAGCAAAGUACUGAAACGCUCGUUCCCAACGUUAAAGCUUUUUUUCAAGAUCAAACCUGCAAAUAUUUACGCUCUUUCUCAAAGAACACCGAAUAUUUCGUACAUCUCUGAUAAAAUGGCUUAUAACAACAGAAACAAAAAGAACUUUCAUGGCCAGAAGCCUAGGAAGAACCACCAUGGUGUUGGAUAUCCCCGCCAUUACGAUCACGGAUAUGACAAUCCCUAUCCAGUCGGGUUUAAUCCACAUGUAAAGCAGAAUUUCUCUGAUCCGGACUCCCUCAUCUCUGAGCUCAGAAAACAGAUCAGACUGGAAGAGGAAGAGAAACAUCGGCAGAUCCAACAGAAAGCAUUGGAAGCUGAAACAAUGCAGAAGAAAAAUGAAGCCUGCAGAUUAGAAAACCAGCUGCUGCAGGAAAAGAACAACAACCUGCAGAAACAGAACCAAGAAAUUCGUAGUCAAAACGAAGAUUUAAACCAAAAACACAGAGCAUUUUCUUGCAAUGAGACAUCUUUCAACGCACUGAAAGAAAAACUGCAAAAGAUGCGAGAAGAAGUUCAGAUUCUCAGAGACCAGAACCAAAAUGUGGAUUUGGAAGAAAUGCAGAAAGUGGUGACUGAAAGCCAGGGAGUGACAGAAAUGGUUAGAGAUGAGAACUCUACGCUGGUUCUGAAAGUGGAAAACCUCCAAAAGGAGAACAAUCAUCUGAAGACUCAACUGCAAGCAGCUCCCCAGCAUGAGGUGGCUCCUUUAACCAACACGCUGCCUGCAGAGGUGGAGGAGCUCAGAAAAACUCUUGAAGCUUCUCAGUUUGUGACGCAAAGCUUUAGAGAGGGGAACAUUAAGAUGAUUCUGGAAGUCCAGGAGCUUAGAAAAGCCAAGGAGCAGCUGAAGGAGAACCUCCAGAAAGCUUCACUACAACAAAAUGACUUUCCUGAAAUGAUCCAUCAGAUCAAUCAGACUGAUAAAGAGAGGAUAGAAUUAAGAGACCAGCUGUUUGAAGAAAUCAAAACCACAGAGCUGCUCAAAGAAAGCCUCUUUUACCUGGAGGAUCACGUGGAUGAACUGAAGGACAAAGUCACAAGUUUAGAAGGAAACACCACAGAGAGAAACCAAUGUUUGAACCUGGAGGACUAUGAUGUGAUAAUAGAAGAGGAAUGGAUAGAGGAAGAUGAAGAGAUGGAGGAAAAUAAAGAGAAAGAGGGAAAUGAAGAGAUGGUGGAAAAUGAAGAGAUGGAGGUGAAAGAACAAAAAGAAGAAAAUGUAGAAAAAAAUGAGCUGGUUUUAGAAAAAACUGAGGAAAUGUUGGAUGAAAGAGAAGCUCAAUUCAUGACCAAAAUGAAAGAAUUGGAAAAUUGUCUGCAAACACUCCAGCAAGAUGUUCCAAAGAAACCUAAGAAAGGGAAAAAUCAGGAAAAGAGAAAGAAAAAGGAAAAGAAAAACAAAGAAAGAAAUGAAAGGGUGAUUGAAGAAACGGAGGAAACAAUGAAGGACACAGAAGCUCAAAUUGUGACAAAAAUUGAAGAAUUGGACAAAGAUCUGCAAAACGUCCAGCAGAAAAAUACCAAGAAGAUGAAGAAAAAAGAGAAAAAUAAGAAAAAAGCAGAAAAAGACAAAGAGCAGAAAGAAAAACCUGUGAAGAGGUCCUCCUUCUUAAUGUUUUUCCGUAGACUGUUUGGUUUGAAGACUUAAACCAGA